AUGCUUGGUGUCAUAAGCCCCCGGCCGGUUUUGGCGCUCCUCACGUUCUGGUGGCCGUUGCUUCUCUCGGUGAAAGCGCUCAAAGCACCGGGCCAGAACGUGCAGUUCUUGCUCACAUACUGGCUAUUCUACGCGUGUAUUUCGGGCACCCAGCACCUUCUCGCGGGCCUGGCAUUCCCGUUGUCCUCGGCCAUCAACUUGAUCCUUGACUUUCUCCACGUGUGGAUGUUCUACUCCCACGGGUGUUUGGUGGCCUUGCACCAUUACAUUCCGAGCAUCACCGGCCACACGAGUGCCGCAGCCAUUGUCAACGCUUUGGACCAUAAAGUCGUGGAUCCGUUGGUGUCCAUUCUUGUGGUGAGGAACCGACUUUUGCAGCGCGUCUUGGCGUCCCGCUCCUCGAACGUGCCCCCACUAGACGACUUUCUCUUGUUCAACCAGAGCCUUUGCGAACACCAUGCCCUGCUGCCCACAAGACUCUCGUUUCUCCAGUUCAGUCUCCACUAUUUCUGCUACGUUGACCUGGAGAGCGAGUUGCAAGCCCGGUACGCGAAAUCACGCGGGGUGCUUGCCAGAUUCGCCCCCUCGCUUUCUUCCUCGGUAGGGGGUGCUGCGUCCUCCAAGGCAAGUAGCCGUGUGUCUUCGCAGACAAUGCAGAGCCGCAAUGUGUCAGUGUCGUCUUCCAGAAAUGGAAGUCUGGCCUGGCGCUCGGCACCUCAAACGAGACCCAGCUCAGGCCGGGCUUCUCGAGACGUGAGUUCCCAUUCACAGCGCCUCCAUUCACAGGGCUUAUCUCAAGAAAUGGGCCCCAACUCCAGCCUUGAGGAGCGCACCUAUCUGCUGAAGCCAACCAGAGUUUCGCUGUCGCCUGCAGCACAUUUCGACCGGGCUGCCGAACGCCGGCACGCGAGCAUGACGACGUGGCCACAGUCUCCCAAUGGCAGUGGGAAAAUACAUGUGAGAAAACGGGCAAAGCCUCGUGUUUCCAGUUCUACAGCAGCUGAACUCCCCUACCCUUUACAGUAG